AUGAACUUGUGUUCGAAGGUAGCAAAGCAGAUCCUGCUCAAAGAAGCUAGUGGUACUUAUGGCAUGAAGAAGAAUAGUGUGGUGUCUCCAUUGUCACUCAAUGCUCUGCUGAACCUGGCGGCGGCCGGGUCAACUGGCGCAACAGAGGAAGUGAACUCAUGGGUUGAGAAGACAACAAAAGGCCUCAUCAAGAACAUAAUCCCAGAACACUCUCUUGAUCAAGAUACAAUGAUUGUCCUUGCGAACGCGCUCUACUUCAAAGGAGCUUGGAAUUCUAAGUUUGAUGCAUCCAUGACAGAAGACGGAGAUUUUCAUCUCCUCAGUGGAGAGACAGUUUCAGUCCCUUUAAUGACCACAAGUUAUUCCGAGUACCAUUUCUAUGGAUCCUUCGAUGGUGUCAAACUUGUGAAGAUGCCAUAUCAAAAGGGCGAAGGCUCAAGCCAAUUCUCAAUGUACAUCUUUCUCCCCAGUGAGAGAAAUGGAUUGCAAAAUUUAAUAGAAACAGUUGAGGUCGCAGAUGGAAUAAUGUUACAUCAACUGUCCUCUCAUCUAAAGGAAGUUAAACUUGAUGAAUUUUGGAUUCCCAAAUUUAAAUUCUCAUAUGGGUUAGAAGCUUCAAACUACUUUAAAGAAUUGGGUUUGACUAAGCCUUUUCAGCGUCUUGGAGAGUUCAAAGGGAUGUCAGAUUCUGUCUAUAGCGAAGAACUAUUUGUCUCGGGUGUUCUUCACAAGUCAUCUGUAGAAGCGAACGAGGAAGGGACAGUCGCAGCAGCUGCCACUACAUUUGGGUUUGUUGGAUGUGCAAGGUUUCCUCCUUCAAAACCAAGUUUUGUGGCUGACCAUCCUUUCAUGUUCGUUAUAAGAGAAGAGAUAUCUGGGACUCUGCUUUUCAUUGGAGCUGUACUCAAUCCUAGUCUUCACUAA